AUGAUUAUCAACCUUAAACAGUUAAAUAGAUCUGUCAGAUAUCGCCAUUUUAAAAUGGAAACACUGCAAGAUGUUUUAUGCCUUAUCAAACCAGGUGUUUGGAUGGGAAGUAUUGACUUAAAGGACGCAUACCACAGCAUCCCUUUACAUAUUGACUUCCAAAUGUUCUUGGCUUUUUCUUGGAAUAAACAGUUUUACCAAUUUCUAGCUUUACCCUUUGGGUUUGGUCCAGCUGUUAGGAUCUUCACCAAAGUUCUUAAAGCGCUCUUUAAAGUACUAAGAGGGGCGGGUCACGUAUCUGUUGUAUAUAUAGACAAUUCUUAUUUGCAGGGUGAUACUUAUGAAUCAUGCCAAAGAAACAUUACGGCAACUGUCUCACUUUUGAGCAGCUUAGGAUUUACUGUACAUCCAAACAAGUCAAUUCUUGUGCCUACCCAAUGUAUGGUGUUUUUAGGGUUUGUGUUAAACUCUGCUCAGAUGACAAUAGCCUUAAGCUUGCUGUACAUGCAUCACCCCACAGUUAGGUUUGUUUCCAGGGUUAUUGGAACAUUAGUUUCUGCCUUUGAUGCCAUGAAGUAUGGCAAGUUACAUUACAGGUCCUUGAAACUAGGCCAUGGAAAUUUUGAUUUAAAGGUUUUUAUUUCAGAGUUUUCUAUUAAGGAUUUACAGUGGUGGCUCACAAUGGCUCAGUUUACCAGACCUAUACAAUUGCCUAAAAUUGAUCUAAUUUUAUCCUCUGAUGCUAGUCUUCAAAGCUGGGGUGGCACUGACGGAAACUCUCAAAUAGGGGGGUGUUGGUCUGAAGAAGAAUUACCUGAGCAUAUCAAUACUUUAGAGUUGUUGGCUGCAUUUUUACACUCAAAGCUUUCUUGA